UCGUAUUUAUUUAGAUAAGAAAAAGAAGAAAAAGAAGGGGAGGUAUGGCAAUGGCAAUGGCAAUGGCAAUGGCAAUGACUGGUUGUUGUUCAUCGUCUCCAUCUCUAUCUCGGCAGCAGAAGAAACUAGAGCUGAACAACAACAGACCUUAUCAUCAUCAUCAAUCACGGCGUUGUAUUAUUGAAUCCAAGGCCACAGAAAACGGCGGCGUUGGUCAGCGUAGACGGAUAUGGAGGAGAAGAAAAUUGUCAAAAAAAGAUGAGAUGAUUCGGUACGCACAGGAAAGAACCCCAUUUGUGGAAGAGCAGGUGAGAGACAUAUGGGAGACCGGGAAACUGGUGGGGUACGAUAUAGAGCGGCUGAAGCUGUGGGAGGAUAAUGUUUUUGUUUUUGUCAACAAUUUGGCUGAAGAGGCCAAUGAGUUGGUAGAACAAAACAAAGACGAAUAUGGGGGAAAGAAGAAAGCAAUACUUCACGCUAUAAGCAACAGGAUGAAUGAGAUGGGAUUUUAUCGACCAGAGGCUUAUAUGCGAAGUGAUCCUUUCAAGCAUAUCACGAAGAUGGAUAUCGUUGAUGAUGAGGAGUAAAUGUGAUGUAGGACUAGUUGGUAUUGCUGAAUGCAGGGUGUUUUGGGGUGUAUGACCUAGAAGGGGAUACAUUAGUACUACAUUCGGUGUUUGUUCCUAGAGUGGUAGUUGUUUAUUUUGACAAUUUGUCAAUCAAUUUGUUUUGAACCUUAAUUGUAUUGGAAAUGAUAAUAGUACCACUAUCUUUUAUUAAUUCAUCACAAUAUACAUGUUUUAUUUUGACUA